UUUUUCGCUUAUUCUCGUUUGUGUCGUCUCCCGGUAAGGACGUGUAGGAAGGUCCCGCCGUGCUGCGUCUUCGUUAGUGGUUCGCGUGUUUUGCGGCGUGGUUGUUCUCCCUUCGAGCAAGUGACACAUGCUUAGUGGUCGGCAUCCAGCGUUGCGUCGUCGUUAGGAUAAAUAGGUGAAAGAGUGCAAUUGUGGCGGCAACAAGUGCUCUUAGGCGCGCAGUUCAACGACAAUCCAUUUCAGUGAUCGAUUUCCGCGCUUGAGUAUGUGCAGGAUUUCAACGGUGUGGCGAACGUGGCGUUUAAUAGCGUGCAGUGCUGUUCAGCUCUCGAAGUGCUGACGACCGUGCUUGGAUCGAUCGUGUGUGACCCCAGCGCACUAAUUGAGAUCGAAGCUCUCAAUUGAACCUAAUUGACCCAGUGUCUGGUGCUGUGUUGUUUCUGCGGCAUAUAUUUGUGAUAUAAGAUUAAGUGUGUUCGGUGUAAGUAGGAGAAACGGGGAUAAGUGAGCAGAAUGGCAGAGGAAAGUCUUCACGUUCCGGAUUCGAACAUCGACUACCAUAUCGUGCAGCUGUUCGAGCGAUUGGAGAAUCUGCGUCGGGAACCAGGUGGAGCAAAGUUGUCCACCUCGAUGCAAGGACGAAAGAUCAGUAUGCACAACGAAUUGCGAAGUUUGGAGUUUUGGAGAUCGAUAACCUCCGAGUGUUUGGCGUCGUUCUUCUACGUGUUCAUCGUGUGCGGUGCUGCGGCCGGUGCCGGCGUCGGAGCCAGCGUAUCCUCGGUUCUGCUUGCGACCGCGCUUUCCUCUGGGUUUGCCGUCACCGCGCUGACCCAGUGCUUCCUGCACGUCUCAGGAGCCCACAUCAAUCCGGCCGUGACGAUCUCCCUGGCCAUAACCCGCAUGAUAUCUCCCCUUCGUGCUAUGCUCUACAUGAUAGCACAGUGUGGAGGUUCGAUAGCUGGUGCAGCACUGCUCUAUGGCGUGACAGUGCCCGGCUAUCAGGGCAACCUGCAGGCGGCCGUGUCGCACACCUCGUCCCUGGCGGCCUGGGAGCGCUUCGGUGUCGAGUUCAUCCUGAGCUUCGUCGUGGUGCUCUCCUACCUGAUCUCGACCAAUUCGUACAAAAAGUACUUCGGCUCGUCGGCGAUUGCCAUCGGAGCGGCCUACAGUGCAUGCAGUUUCGUCUCGAUGCCUUACCUAAAUCCUGCCCGCUCGCUGGGGCCGUCGUUUGUGUUGAAUAAGUGGGACAACCACUGGGUUUACUGGGUGGGACCUCUGAUUGGAGGAAUGGUAUCCGGUUUGCUGCACGAGUUCAUCUUCAGUACCAAGAAAACGUCCAAGAAAUCGAAGGACGACGUCGAUUCUAGUGUGAACUCCGACGAAGACAUCAACUACGACAUGGACAUGGACAAACCUCAACAAUCGGGAAAAUAUCACACCUACCGGCCGUCCAGUGGAACCUUAGUCAGCCAGCAGCGCUUCUGCCAAAGCAUCUACACUGCCGAACCGACCUCGAAAACUGAUCGCGUCGAAUCGAUCUACGGUGGCACUAAGUCCAUGUAUUGCAAGUCACCUCCGCUAACCCGUGCCAACCUCAACCGAUCGCAGUCAGUCUACACCAAAAGCAAUACCGCUUUGAAUCGUGAUAUGAGUAUCCGACCUGGACCAUUAGUUCCUGCACAGAGUUUAUACCCACUGAGGGUUACUCAGCCUCAAAGUUCACAUCUUCAGAACCAGAAUGUUCAAAACCAACUUCAGCAACGAUCCGAGAGCAUCUACGGCAUUCGCAGUUCUAUGCGCCAACAAGGCCCUCCUGAACGAAUGCCUCAACAGCUACAGCAACAUCCCCAAGCCGCAGACCCUCAAGGUUUCCAACCCAUCUACGGGACUCGCAAUAACCCCAACUGUUCUUCAGAUGCUCUAAAAUUUGACCGAGAACCUCGCGAAAAUAGCCGAGACGAUUCCAUGUCCUCCAAGUUCUCCCGCUCCGCACGACCGGAGUCCAUGUACGGACAACGCCGCGUACAGUCGGCCCAAUCGGAUGACAGCUCCUACGGGUCGUACCACGGACCCGGCCCGGCAAUUACGCCCCCAACGCGCAACGCCAGCAACAGCAGCAGCAACUACAACGGGGGCAUGAUGCUGCCGAACUACGGGCCAGGUCCAGUUGGAAUGACCCAAAUGCAAUCGGAGCGCAAGGCAUCGAGCUCUUCGCAGCAGCAGCAGCAACAGCAGCAGCAACAUCAGCAGCAUCAGCAGCAGCAACAACAACAACAAACAAUGGGCAACCGAACACCCUCUAGCAUACAGAACACCAACCUCCCGCCUCCACCACCACAGCUUCAAACUCACGGAGGAGGCUAUCCUAUGCCCCAUGCCGUGCGGCAAAACUAAUUGCCCUUGAAGAAGUCCAGUGCCAGAAUACAGAACUAUUUGUAAAAAUGUGUGGUUUUCUUGUUUGUAAGUUGAGAUCAGUUUUAUAGUUCUUUUAGUUAGACCAUAUUCUCUAUUAAGCAAUUUACUAGAGGUUUUAUUUAUUGGCAUUUUAUCUUUUUCUCUUAUAUCGAACUCUUUUACCUUAACAUUUAUAUCUUUUGAGAACCCAAACGAAGCAGAUUCCAAGACGUUCAAAAUUUGGAUUACUAACCUUAUAAAGACUGACAAAACUCGAUUCCGUAGAAGAUAUAUGUAUACACAUUAGAACUGUUGUUGAUAGUAUUCUUUAAUACUUUACAGGUUUCAAAAAAGUGAACUUCAAUCUUUUACAAACAGACAUAACAUGGUGACAGACGGCUUUGGUUGAUGUUGAAAACUAAUUACAGUCUGCAGCACAGAUAUAAAACAGGGGUUCUGCAUUCUGCAUUCUCACGCAACAGUUGAUUUAUUUUUAUGGUUGGCAUAGACACUCAAUAGCAACAAUCUAAAGAAGUUAGCUUCCGCAUAUGUUAUUAGAUGUUAUCACUUCUGACAUCUGACCAUAGACUAUUUUAUGUUAUGUCUGUUCUAUCUAAGGCAUAUAGAAACCAUUGCUAUACAUUCUCCCUAGGAUUUCAAUUUUCUUAGCAUACGCAUUAGUGACUUAGUACAAAUGUAUAUACAAAUACAUGAAAUAGUUAGAUAUAGAUAGGACUGGUUUAUGAAUGUAGUUCAAAGUAAAGAAGCAUCAAUUAUCCAUCAGUGAAUAACGUAACGUAAUAUGCGCACAUUGCUAUCGAAUUGACAGAUUCGGAUGCAUUCAUUUGUUCUAGAAAAUUUUGACUCCUUUUAAAUCAAUGUGAAGAAAAUUCAACGAAAAAUAAUAUUCAACAUACUUAAAGAAUGCUGAACUGCUAACUUAACAAUAUAUUGCAUAUGUGUAUAUCAUAUUUAGGAAUUUUCAAGAAAACUUAUGGUAAUAUCAAUAAGGUUGUUGUAUUGUCAUAAAAUUGUAUAUAUUUACCAAAUAGAGUAGGAAAAUAUAAAAUGAUCAAUAAUAAAGCAUGAUUUUUUUUGAAAAA